AUGUCGACGGCGUUCGCCACAAUUUACGAUUUCCUCAGCCUUGGCAAUGUUUUUCUGCUGUUGUUCACCCUGAUGGUAUCACAUUACAUCAUGGUGCUGUACGAGUUCAGAGGAAUGCCACCGGGUCCGCGAUUUACAGCCGUUCCUGUUUUAGGUAACGUGUUUUCUCUCGAUUCGAAGGCGGAGAAACUAACCGACGCUUUCCGAAGGUCAGUGAAUCGUAUCUUAAAAUAUUUAACUUUCGAUUUGAUAUAGCCAUCUUUGGUUUUGCUUUUGGCUCAAAGAUUAUUGUAUCGGGUAUUAACAUUGUGGGAAAGAACACUUUUUUUGAUGACAUUUCACCAAAUUCACUGGUUCAAAAAUUGAAAAUUUUCUUUACGCCCAUCUGCCAUAUAAAUAUUAUGUAAUUUCAAAUCAGCUAUUUGUAUACAGUGUAGAAUAUUCUGUUUGACCACUUGACUUAUCAAACUAUCCAAACAUAUAUCUUUCGGAGCAAAACAACUCCACUACUGAAUAAACAGUCUUCUUAACUUCUGCCAUGGAAACGCUUUACGGUUAUUUGGCCGUAAUUGCUAAAAUUCCUCUUUGAUGAAGCCAUAAAAACGUUAAAAGCAUAUAACCACUUAAUGAAUUUUCCAUGGAAAUAGAUCAUAAAACAAUUAACACACCUAUUCGGAAGCGCAUGAUUAGUGAUUGGAACAUUAUCAGCCUGUUGAGAUGUAAGAAUAUUCAUCUAUCUACACCUAGUGUUGCCCCGCUCUCGUCAUCUUGCCUCGAACGAAUUCUCUCUAAAAAUCCAAUUUUCUAAAAAGCCGGUUAAAAUGUUCUGAUAAAUUCAGAGCAGAAAAAUGUUAAUUUUAGAACAAUUCAAACUACCCACAUUGUUUUACAUACGUGGGCUACUUAGCCAUGCAAUUAUGAAGUAAUUUUUCAGUUAUUUUUAGUUGCCACUGUUUUUGACAAUUAUUUGUCAAUAAUAGUUUGUAUCGCCACUAAAUAAACCGUUAUAUAUAGCUUUAUUUUAAUUCAUGGUACAGAAAUAGCGUUCCACAGCAUGACUCCUGUAAAAGUGCGGUUAAUUGAUUUGCGCGAGAAGUCUUUUGAGAGAAUAGCUUUCAAUUUGCAUUUUUUCUCUUAAGUUACCGGUAAUAAAUGAUCAUAGACUGUUUUUCCAUUCUAUAAAUCAAGAGCGAUUAUUCUUAAGUGGCUAUGAUUUCAUUCGGUAUCGCAUUUUAGGACUUUUUUUUCCAGGCUCAGUAAUUGGGAGUCCACAGGCGGUUGCAGGGUCACCAUUUGCUGAAUGGACAAUGACGACAAACUGCUUUGUAAAGUUGCGCAAUGAUCGAUUAUAGUAAUCCUGCCGUCAAAACAAUGUCUUCAAGACAUUAGAUAGGGAUGUGGAAGAUUCAGCGGCGUUGAUAAAAGAUUGGACAAAAUAGGAUAACGAAACAGACUAAUUACUUUGAGUAGAUACGAUUAUUAGGUUUCUAUCGAAUAAUGUAUUUAGCUUUAGUUUCCAAAGCUCAAAUCGCGUUACUGAAAUCCUCUCUUCAAAACCGCCCAUCGUUAAAAUAAAAGAAUACAAGAGCUAUUUAUAUUUCCUAUUAACAUUUCUGGCGUUGUUGUUGGGGUCACCACUCCUGUCUUUUCACACCACUGAAUCCACUGUCCAUCAAUUGACCAUUUCAACGGUUUGGAAAGUGAAAAAAUAUUUUAAGCUCGAAUUCCUUUUAGCGAUUGAAACAAAACGCAAAGCGCUGAGUUUGGUCAAGAGAAAUCAGCACUGCUAUUUUGAUCAUUGUUUUAUGAAUAGCAUUACCGAGGCACAUGUUUAACAAACGAUUCUCUUUGUUCUUUUUCAGCCUCAGACAAAACUAUGGUCCUGUAUUUUCGCUCAAACUUGGUAGUUACAAGUUUGUUAUGGCGUCUACACCUGAAUCUGUUAAAGAGAUGCUAAUAAAGAAAUCUACUGAGUACGCUGGAAGACCGCAGACAUAUUCAGUUCAAACUAGAACACUAGGUAAGGCCUUUUGCACAUUGAUUACGUAAUAGGGUUCUGAAAAAGGAAUAAUUUAAAAUCGAUUGUCGGAAAAAAAUCCUCAGUAAUGAUUAUUAUGAAACGUUUAAGGGGUAGUUAAGGACAGGGGAAGGGAAGGACGCGAGAGAAAUGGCAAGAACGGUCGCUUCCCACCCCUCCAAUACUUCGUUUGCAUCGAGCAUUGGAUUAUGGGACUUGUUGUCACAUCUGUCACACACAGAUUGAGGUUGUAGUUGAUUUCCUUCCUUCAUUUGAAGGUUUUUUCGCGAUUUUCUACUGUUUGUAGCCAGUGGUACAAGAAUAUCACUAAGUAAACUUCCUUUAGAGCAAAGAAACUGAAGAGGGAGAGCCAUCCCUUAGAUGUGUUGCUUCACGCGCAUUCAUUAUUCAUCAACCUUUGACAUUUUUACGGCAGAGAGGCAGAACUUUGUCGAAUUCUUUUCUAAAUCAUUUUCUUUAAUUACACUGUAACUUAAGUCCGUAACAUUUGUUCUGUUGCAGGCGGUAAAGAUAUCGCUUUCGGUAACUAUGGUCCUUCUUGGAAAUUUCAUCGAAAAUUAUUCACAUCAGUAUUGCGCCAGUAUGUUUCCGAUAUUCCCCUCAUAGAAAGCCGAGUCUCAGUUCAAGCUCAGAAAUUGGUGCAUUUUAUGCAAGAACAAGAUGGCAAACCUUUUGAUCCCGCAGAUUGCCUCAUGAGGGGCGUUGCUGAUGUCAUUUGCGGGAUAACGUUCGGUGAAGGUUUCGACACAACGCACCCAGAUUUAAACAAGCUUUUGAAUCUUUGCGCGAAUAUUGUGGAAAAUGAUGAUGUGGCAAGGCUUGUUACUGUGUUGGACUUCUUCCCCUUUACGAAGUACUUGCCGAUCAAGGCUUAUGAUCGCUUCAUACAGCCCUUCUUCGAAAUGUUUGGAAUCAUUCGCAAAUUUUUAAGAGAACGAGAAGAAAAUUUCGACCCAGCAAAGAGCGUACAGGAUUUCAUCUCGGGUCUUCUUUGUGCAAGAAACGAAGCAAAGAUGGCAGGCGAUGGAGAAAGGUCCGCAUUUCUUUCUGAUGACUAUCUUGUGAACGAUGUUGAGGUCAUGUUUGCUGCUGGCUACGAAACUACCAGCACAACCUUAAAAUGGGUGAUAGCUUACCUAGUUAACCAUCCAAAGUACCAGGAGGACAUUCAACGCCAGUUAGACGAGGUACUUGGUGAACGGAGUCCCUCCUUGAAUGAUCGUGCCAGCUUACCUCUAGUGCAGGCAGCAAUCAUCGAAACACUGCGACUUGGAAACGUUGGACCUCUUUUACUUCCUCAUGUCACCAUGACCGACACCACACUAUGCGGCUACCGCGUUCCUAAAGAUACAAUUGUCUUUGCUGACACAGAAUCUGUUCAUCUGAAUCCCAGCUGUUGGAAAGAUCCCACCGAUUUCAAUCCAUACCGUCACAUCGACAAAGACGGUCAGCUUAUCACUAACCAAAGUAACUUCUUUCCUUUCGGAGCUGGUCGCCGAGUAUGCGCCGGGGAAGCGCUUGCUAAAGUGAAACUAUUUUUGUUUGUGUCGUGGAUUCUUCAAAAUUUCACUUUUGUUCCUGAAGUAGAUGGCCAUCCUCCCGAGCUGAGGGGCAUAUUUAGUAUUACUCAGUUUCCCGCUCCCUACAAGAUACGCGCCAUACAGCGGAAGUGA